CCCGCGCCGCCGCCGCCGCGCCGCGCGCCAUGUCCAAGAUGCCGGCCAAGAAGAAGAGCUGCUUCCAGAUCACCAGCGUGACCACGGCGGCGGCGGCGCCCGGCGCGGCCGAGGACACGGAGAGCCUGGACGACCCCGACGAGUCGCGCACCGAGGACGUGUCCUCCGAGAUCCUGGACGCGUCCCGCGCCUCCGACGACGGCCCCGAGGCGGCGUGCGCGCGCAGCUCGUCGGAGGAGACGCUCAGCCAGGCGGGCGAGGCGGAGACGCCGGCCCCGGCCCCGGCCCCGGCCCCGGCCCCGGCCCCCCCGGCCCCGGCCCCGGCCCCGGCCCCGGCCCCGGCCCCGGCCCCCCCGGCCCCGGGCCCCGCCGCCGCCUUCGCCGCCGCCUGCGGCUCGCGCUUCCGCGUGAUCAAGCUGGACCACGGCAGCGGGGAGCCGUUCCGCCGCGGCCGCUGGACGUGCGUGGAGUUCUACGAGCGCGAGGCGGAGGGCGGCGCGCCCGCCCGGCCCGCCGACGGCCUCCGCCCCGCCGGCGCCGCCGAGCCGCCCGCCGAGCGCGACAGCGGCCUGGGCGCCACCGCGGGCUCGGGGCCCGGCGCGGACGGCGGCGCGGCGGAGCCCGCGGAGCCCGGGGCGGCGGCCGGCGCCCGCGGCGCGCCCUGCAGCCUGCCGCCCGCCGACGCCGCCCGCUUCCACACGCGGCCCCCGGCGGGGCCGGCGGACGACGCGCGGCGGAAGUCGGAACCCCUACCUCAGCCCCCGCCCGCGCCGCCGGCCGAGGGCGCGGCCGACGCCCCGCCGCGGGCCCCGCCGCGCACGCCCGGGAGCAGCCUGGCCGGCCCGGAGCUCGGCCUGGCCGGGCCGGCGGACGGCGACGAGGACAGGAAUCCUUCAACUGCUUUCUACCAAGCGUUCCAUUUGAACACGUUUCAGGAAUCAAAGAGCCUCUGGGAUAGUGCAUCUGGGGGAGGUGUUGUAGCCAUUGACAACAAAAUAGAACAAGCAAUGGAUCUGGUGAAAAGCCAUUUGAUGUAUGCAGUGAGAGAAGAGGUGGAAGUUCUAAAGGAGCAAAUAAAAGAAUUAGUAGAGAGAAACUCCUUACUUGAACGAGAGAAUGCACUGUUAAAAUCUCUUUCAAACAAUGACCAGUUAUCCCAGCUCCCUGCCCCACAGGCCAGCCCUGGUAGCACUUCUCAGCCGCCGGCAGCCACCGCGCAGCCUCCUCAGCCAGUGCAGCCUCCACAGCAGCCGAAUGUCCCCUCAGCGUGAGCUUUCCAAGCGUCGUGCGGAAAAAACCAGAAAGCAGUCUUUCCCGUGUGCCACCGCUGUCCUUCCCACUUUACACGAAAGCAAGUAGCCAUGCUUUGGUGGUGUGUUUGGCCUUCUCAGUAUUAGACAAUCAUCCUACAAGAGCUUUUCCUCCACGACGCCACGCGGCCAGUGGCGUCCUCUGCCGUCUGUCCCCUGGAGGACGCCAGAUGGGUUUGUUAGAGCAGAGUCUGCAUCUGCCCUGGUGCACAUGGGUGGACUCCCCUGAGCCUUCUACCACAUUAUACCUAUCACUUCAUCUAAAGAGCCACCUUUCCUUUCAGUAUCAGAAACAUUUGCCUACAUAAGUUUUCUUUUUUGUGUGUGUUUUAUUUAUUACAGGGCUGCUAUUUUCAUAAUGUACAUGAACAAUGUCACAGAAAUUUUUUAAUUUUUUUGAAUAAUUAUAAGUGUCUGUAAAGCAAUUGAAAGACAGGAUUUCAUUUCAUAGAUAAAACGUUUAGGCAAUAAUUGAACAAAAGAAUCCUGGCAUUCUAUCUAACACUAAUGGCAAUUUACCUUUGGUAUUUAUUUUCUGUAGUAAAGACCCAGCUCGAAUGUAAAUUUUGUAUAGUGUAAGUAUGAAGAACACAGUGCAUCUGUACAGGCAGUCACCAGUUAUUGUGAUAUAAUAAAUAAUUGGGCUAUUUUGAUGAAGAAAA